AUGGAAAAUAAAGUAUUUAGUACAGAACCUUAUUCUCACCCAAAAUCAAUUGAAUUUUUUACUGCUGUAAAGUUAAAUCAUCUAUAAAAAGUUAAAGAAUUUUUAAAUGAUAACAAGUAUUUAGUUUAUUCUUAUGAUUAUGUCUAUUUGACUGCUUUACAUUGGGCUGCUAAAAGAGGAAAUUCUUAAAUAUCAGAAGUUCUAAUAAAAUAUGGAGCUGAUGUCAAUUCUCGUGAUAUUAUAGGAAGAACUCCCUUAUUAUUAGCUAUAAAUAAAGGUCAUGAUGAAAUUGUAUAAAUUUUAUUAGAAAAUAAGGCAUCUCCUUGGUCAGAUGAGACUAUUGAUUAUAAAAUUGCAGCAAAAUAAUUUCCUAAAAUAGCUAGAAAUUUAGAUAGAUUUAGAAAAAUACAUAUUAUUGUUACUUUAACUCCUUUUACUUAAAAAGAAAAUAUGUGGGAUAGAUAAAUUUAACUAUUGAGAUUUUCUUGA